AUGUCUUACAACGACAACAAUAACCACAACAACGGUCAGUACUACGACCAGAGUGGUCAACAAGGCGGUUAUGACCAGUCUUAUGGCCAGGAUCAAUAUUAUCAAGGCCAAGACGCCAACCAGAAUGGCUACUACGACCAAGGUUACGACCAAAGUGGCCAAUAUUACGACCAAGCUGGCCAAUACUACGACCAAGCUGGCGCCCAAGAUGGCCAAUACUACGACCAAUACGACCCUAAUGCUAGAGGUAUGACUCCUGGUCAAAGUGAACAAGAAGCAUUCUCGGAUUUCAGCUAUGGCCCAAAUAGUGGCCAACCAGGCACUCCAGGUUACGACUAUGGUACCCAAUACACUCCUUCACAAAUGUCUUACAACGACCCAAGAUCUUCUGGCACUUCCACUCCAAUCUACGGGGCUAACGGAGGCUAUGAAGGUGAAGGUGGUUACAUGCCUGCUUUACCAACCGAUCCUUAUCCAGCCUGGACCGCUGACAACCAAGCCCCAGUCAAAUUGGAAGACAUUGAAGAUGUUUUCAUUGAUUUGACCAACAAGUUUGGUUUCCAAAGAGAUUCGAUGAGAAACAUGUUUGAUCAUUUCAUGACCCUUUUGGAUUCCAGAUCAUCAAGAAUGGCUCCUUCCCAAGCUUUGUUGUCUAUUCAUGCUGAUUAUAUCGGGGGUGACAGCGCUAACUACAAAAAAUGGUAUUUUGCGGCCCACUUGGAUUUGGAUGAUCAAGUUGGUUUCAGAAACAUGAACCUAGGUAAGUUAUCCAAAAAGGCGAAGAAGGCUUCCAAACAGGCCAAGAAGGCGAGAAAAGCCUUGGAAAAGGAUAAUGAUAACGCCGCUGCCAUGCAAGAUUUGGAGAACGAUGAUUCUCUUGAAGGUGCUGAGUACAGAUGGAAGUCUGAGAUGAACAGCUUGACGCCAAUUGAAAAAGUUCGUCAAGUUGCUCUUUACCUCUUGUGUUGGGGUGAAGCUAAUCAAGUUAGAUUUACUCCAGAAUGUUUGUGUUUCAUCUACAAGUGUGCUUCUGACUAUUUGAAAUCUCCUGCUUGUCAAAGCAGAACCGAACCACUUCCUGAAGGUGAUUAUUUGAACAGAGUCAUCACUCCUAUUUACAAUUUCCUCAGAAACCAAUUGUAUGAAGUUGCUGACGGUAAGUUUGUCAAGAGAGAAAGAGACCAUAACAAAGUUAUCGGUUAUGAUGAUGUCAAUCAAUUGUUCUGGUACCCUGAAGGUAUUGCUAGAAUUAUUCUUGAAGAUGGUUCUCGUUUGGUUGACAUGCCAAGUGAAGAACGUUUUUUGAAGCUCCAUGAAGUCGAUUGGAACAAUGUUUUCUUCAAGACCUAUAAAGAAAUUAGAACUUGGUUGCAUAUGAUUACCAACUUUAACCGUAUUUGGGUCAUUCACGGUUCUGUUUACUGGAUGUAUACUGCUUAUAACUCUCCAACCUUAUAUACUAAAAAUUAUGUUCAAUUGGUCAAUAACCAACCAACCCCAGAAUAUAGAUGGGCUUCUGCCGCUCUUGGGGGUAGUGUUGCUUGUCUUGUUCAGAUCUUUGCUACUUUGUUUGAAUGGAUGUUUGUCCCAAGAAAAUGGGCUGGUGCUCAACAUUUGUCCAGAAGAUUUAUGUUUUUGAUUUUAAUCUUUGCUAUCAAUCUUGGUCCAGCUGUCUUCAUUUUUGCAUAUGAUCCGUUGGAUACUUACUCGAAAAUCGCCCACAUCAUUUCGAUUAUUGACUUCUUUAUUGCUAUCCCUACUAUUGUUUUCUUCACGAUUAUGCCGCUUGGUGGGUUGUUUACUUCAUAUAUGAACAAAUCUUCAAGAAGAUUCAUGUCCUCUCAAACUUUCACCGCUAAUUUCUACCAGUUAUCUGGUAUUGAUAUGUGGUUGUCCUAUUUGUUGUGGACUGUGGUUUUCCUUGCCAAAUUUGUUGAAUCUUAUUUCUUUUUGACUUUGUCUCUUAGAGAUCCUAUCAGAAAUUUGUCAACCAUGCACAUGAGAUGUCACGGUGAAGUUUACUUUGGUAAGAAGUUGUGUAUGUACCAGUCACAAAUUGUCCUUGGUUUAAUGUUUUUGACUGAUUUCAUUUUGUUCUUCUUGGAUACAUACAUGUGGUAUAUUAUUUUGUCCUGUGUCUUCUCCAUUGGUAAAUCUUUCUACUUGGGUAUUUCUAUUUUGACUCCAUGGAGAAACAUCUUCACCAGAUUGCCAAAGAGAAUUUACUCUAAGGUGUUGGCCACUACUGAUAUGGAAAUUAAGUAUAAGCCAAAGGUUUUGAUUUCCCAAGUUUGGAAUGCUAUUGUUAUUUCCAUGUACAGAGAACACUUGUUGGCCAUUGAUCAUGUUCAAAAAUUGUUGUAUCAUCAAGUUCCAAGUGAGGUUGAAGGUAAGAGAACUUUAAGAGCUCCAACUUUCUUCGUUUCCCAAGAUGACAACAAUUUUGAGACCGAAUUUUAUCCAAAGGAUUCCGAAGCCGAAAGAAGAAUCACUUUCUUUGCUCAAUCCUUGGCUACCCCAAUUCCUGAACCUUUGCCUGUUGAAAAUAUGCCAACUUUCACUGUCUUCACUCCUCAUUAUUCUGAAAAGAUUUUGUUGUCUCUUAGAGAAAUUAUUAGAGAAGAUGAUCAAUUCUCCAGAGUUACUUUAUUGGAAUACUUGAAACAAUUACAUCCAGUUGAAUGGGAUUGUUUUGUUAAAGAUACCAAGAUUUUGGCUGAAGAAACUGCUGCCUAUGAAAAUGGUUCUGAUCAAGAAAAGGAAGACGACUCUCACAUGAAAUCUCAAAUUGAUGAUUUGCCAUUCUAUUGUAUUGGUUUCAAGUCUGCUGCUCCUGAAUAUACUUUGAGAACCAGAAUUUGGGCAUCUCUUAGAGCCCAAACUUUGUACAGAACUGUUUCUGGUAUGAUGAAUUAUGCAAGAGCUAUCAAGUUGUUGUACAGAGUUGAAAACCCAGAAAUCGUUCAAAUGUAUGGUGGUAAUACCGAAGGUCUUGAAAGGGAAUUAGAAAGAAUGGCUAGAAGAAAGUUCAAGUUCCUUGUUUCUAUGCAAAGAUUGGCUAAGUUCAAGCCAGAAGAAAUGGAAAAUGCUGAAUUCUUAUUGAGAGCCUACCCAGACUUGCAACUUGCUUAUUUGGAUGAAGAACCUCCUUUGAAUGAAGGUGAAGAACCAAGAAUUUAUUCUGCUGUUAUUGAUGGUCAUUGUGAAUUGAUGGAAAAUGGCAGAAGAAGACCUAAAUUUAGAGUCCAACUUUCUGGUAACCCAAUUAUUGGUGAUGGUAAAUCUGAUAAUCAAAACCAUGCUUUGAUUUUCUACCGUGGUGAAUACAUUCAAUUGAUCGAUGCUAAUCAAGAUAACUAUCUUGAAGAAUGUUUGAAGAUUAGAUCUGUUUUGGCUGAAUUCGAAGAAUUGAACACUGAAUACGAAAACCCAUACGCCCACAACUUGGAAAAAGAAGUCAAGGAAUUACACCCAGUUGCUAUUGUUGGUGCCAGAGAAUAUAUUUUCUCUGAAAAUACUGGUAUUCUUGGUGACGUUGCUGCUGGUAAAGAACAAACUUUCGGUACUUUGUUCCACAGAGUUUUGGCUCAAAUUGGGGGUAAAUUGCAUUAUGGUCAUCCGGAUUUCUUGAACGCCACUUUUAUGGUUACCAGAGGUGGUGUUUCUAAGGGUCAAAAGGGUUUGCAUUUGAACGAAGAUAUUUAUGCCGGUAUGAAUGCCAUGUUGAGAGGUGGUAGAAUCAAGCAUUGUGAUUAUUAUCAAUGUGGUAAAGGUAGAGAUAUGGGUUUCGGUUCUAUUCUUAAUUUCACUACCAAGAUUGGUGCUGGUAUGGGUGAACAAAUGUUGUCCAGAGAAUAUUAUUACUUGGGUACUCAAUUGCCAUUUGACAGAUUCCUUUCUUUCUACUAUGCUCACCCUGGUUUCCACGUUAAUAACUUGUUCAUUCAGUUAUCCUUGCAAGUUUUCAUUUUAACUUUGUGUAAUUUGAAUGCUUUGGCUCACGAAUCUAUCAUUUGUUACUAUAACAGAAACAGUCCAGUCACCGAUAAGCAAGUCCCAAGAGGUUGUUACAAUAUUAUGCCUGCUGUUGAUUGGAUUAGACGUUACACAUUGUCUAUUUUCAUUGUUUUCUGGAUUUCUUUCAUUCCAUUGUUUGUUCAAGAAUUGAUUGAAAAGGGAUUGUGGAAAGCUGUUAGCAGAUUGUGUCGUCACUUUGUUUCCUUCUCUCCAAUGUUCGAAGUCUUUGUUGCCCAAAUUUAUUCUUCUUCUAUUAUGAGUGAUUUGUCAUUUGGUGGUGCCAGAUAUAUUGCCACUGGUAGAGGUUUUGCUACUGCUAGAAUUCCAUUUUCUGUCUUGUAUUCUAGAUUUGCAGUUUCCUCAAUCUACAUGGGUGCCAGAGCCAUGGUGUUGUUACUUUUCGGUACUGCUGCGCACUGGCAACCAUGUUUGUUGUGGUUCUGGGCCUCUUUGUCUGCAUUGAUUAUGAGUCCUGUUUUGUUCAAUCCUCAUCAAUUUGCCUGGGGCGAUUUCUUUAUUGACUACAGAGACUUUAUCAGAUGGUUGUCUCGUGGUAAUACCAAAUUCCACAAGAACUCUUGGAUUGGUUACGUUAGAAUGAGUAGAUCCAGAAUUACUGGUUUUAAGAAGAAGAUUCUUGGUGAACCUUCUGAAAAGGCUGCUGGAGAUGCUGCAAGAGCCCACAGAUCUAAUGUUUUCUUUGCUGAUGUCAUUCCAACUGCCAUUUACACCGCUGGUCUUUUUGUUGCUUACACUUUCAUGAAUGCUCAAACUGGGGUUUCCUCAAAAGAAGUCAAAACCGUCAAUUCUGUUAUUAGAGUUGUUAUAUGUGCUCUUGCCCCAGUUGUUAUUAACUUAGGUGUUUGUGCUGGUGUCAUGGCUUUCUCCUGUUGUGCUGGUCCAAUUUGUGGUUUGUGCUGUAAGAAGACUGGUGCCGUCAGUGCUGCUAUUGCCCACGGUAUUUCUGUGAUUAUUCACAUUGUUUUCUUUAUUGUUAUGUGGGUCCUUGAAGGUUUCAAUUUUGCAAGAAUGUUGAUCGGUUUGGGUACCAUGAUUUACAUUCAAAGAUUCAUCUUCAAAUUGAUGUCUGUUUUGUUGUUGACUAGAGAAUUCAAGAAUGACCAUGCCAACUUGGCCUUCUGGACUGGUAAGUGGGUUGGUGCUGGUAUGGGUUGGGCUGCCAUUUCUCAACCAGGUAGAGAAUUGUGUGCUAAGACUAUCGAAAUGUCGGAAUUUGCUGCUGAUUUUGUUUUGGGUCACAUUAUUUUGUUUGCCCAAUUACCAGUUUUGUGUGUUCCAUUGGCUGACAGAUGGCAUUCUACUUUGUUAUUCUGGUUGAAGCCUUCGAAACAAAUCAGACCACCAAUUUACAGUUUAAAACAAAGUAAAUUGAGAAAGAGAAUGAUCAGAAGAUACACUGCCUUGUACUUUAUUAUCUUGGUGUUCUUCGUUAUUUUGAUUGCUGCUCCAGCCGUCGGUGGUAAAUUUGUGUCAAAGGACUUUGGUCAAUCUUUUAGCAGUGGUAUUGCUAAUGGUUUGUUCCAACCAAGAGGCCAAAAGAACAAUGAUACUGGUAAGUCUGCCCCAUCGUCAUUUAAGACCACCACUCCAUCUAUUUCUACUUGGAAGACCAUUGCAUGA